GCUGCGGAGCUUCUCGGGACGCGGUGCGGCCUUGAGUGGCUUCGGGCCUCGGCUCCCUGGGGCGGCUCUGGGCCUGCGGGACGGGCUGUGCCUCCACCCGCCAGCCUGGUGGCCCGCAGUCGGGAUUGAAGGGUUCCGGGGCGGGGGACGACCGGCGGGCCUCGGUUACAAUGCAGCUGCUGCGAACGAAGCUUCAGUUUCGAUAGGCUUGCAUCGAAGGAAGGAACGUUUUCCUGUUGGCAUAAUCGUGGCUGCAAAUCAGCAGCUGUAGGGCUCAGUUACUAUAAGGUGGAGAGUGUUUAGAGUGCAUGUUAGUACUGGAUUCUACUUUAUUAAAUAAGAACUAAUGCAGCAUUAAUUUAGAUUACUUUUAGCAUCCUAUCGUGCUUGUCAACACUGCAAAAGAAUUUAUUAUGCAGUAAGUAGCAAAGUAACAUGAGGAAGAAACAAUUAGAAUUUAAAUCAGACUUUGAUAGAUAGCAGACAGAGCUAGAGAAGAUCAGCAAUUUAUAAACAAGCUCGAUGUUAUUUUUGCUGUGGUAGCUACUCCAGCCAAGCUAUCAAGAGUUUUCAAUUAAGAUUACAUUAUUAGACGUUUGAAAACAUGCAUUUGAGUGCUAUACUGAAUCUGAAGAUUGAAAAUAUAGGUUCAAAAUAACUUUAAAAUAUAGUCUUUGACGUCAUUACUUAAAAGGCUUUAUAACAAUGGGUUUGCUCAUCAUUUAUUAUGAAAGCAUUCAUCCUGGAUUAUUACAAAGCUGAAAGUAAUUACGUGAUUGGGAAAAUUAUAUGUGUUCUAACAAAUGGCAUAUAAGGUGCUGAAUAGCUACACAAAUAGCAGAGCUUGUGAUUUUCAGCAGCUGGUUCUAGACUGGUUUAAAUUCUGUCUCAUUUUGUUUCUUCUGUGAAAUUUCUUCAAUUCAUCCUUAAAAUAGCAAAUAUGUUUUUAAUUUUUACAUUACAAAAACACUUUUUAUACUAUUUCUGCAGUAAUAUUUUCUGUAUAAGUAUGUGAGUAUCUUAUAAUCAAGGUUUUAUGUUAUGCUACUAGGUAAGAAAGCUUAUUCUGUUGUUUCUGAGCGCUCAGAAUCCUUACUGCAUUAUCACUGAAGUCAUUAAGCUUUCUUUCAUUGUCAGUCACUGUGUUAUCCAAUCAUUGACUCUAAAGAGUCCUUCAUUGACUCUAAAUAAGGUCUUUUUGUGAAAUUUUGAAGGAAGUCUGAAGAUUCCAAAUGUUCUGAAGCCUAAGGUUUCUUAACUUGCAUGUGAUAUAGAUAAUAUUUGGUACUCUUUGGAGAAACUUAUUGUUAAUUUCGUAGCUCUUCAGUCAUGGAAGCUUUUGAAAAAAAAAAUCUAGGUUUUCUUAAUGGGUUUUGUUUUCAGUAUUUUAUCGGUUGCCCUAUGAAGACUGAUUACCUGGUCAACAUAACUUUGCUAUAACUCACUUUCUACCUAUUCAGAUUAGUCAUAAAAUUUUACUUAUGUCCUGAGUUUGUCUUACAAAUGUUUACAAAUAGCUGUCAAUGUCUAAUUUGGAUUUUAUGUCCAGCAGGCUUGCAGAUGGGUCAGGGACUCUGGAGAAUUGCUAGAAACCAGCAAUUGCAGCAGCAAGGAUACAGUGGACAAGGCUAUCUUACCAGAGAGCAUGGUAGGAGGAUACCUGCUAACAAUGUUUCGAAUACGAGCCAUCGCAAACAAGCUCAAGGAGGCAUUGACAUCUACCAUCUGCUGAAGACAAGGAAAUCUAAAGAACAAGAAGGAUUCAUUAACUUGGAAAUGUUGCCACCAGAGCUCAGUUUUACCAUUUUGUCAUACCUGAAUGCAACUGAUCUCUGUCUAGCAUCAUGUGUCUGGCAGGAUCUUGCUAAUGAUGAGCUCCUCUGGCAAGGGUUGUGCAAAUCCACUUGGGGUCACUGUUCUAUAUACAAUAAGAAUCCGCCUCUAGGAUUUUCUUUUAGAAAAUUGUAUAUGCAGCUAGAUGAGGGCAGUCUCACCUUUAAUGCCAACCCUGAUGAGGGUGUCAACUACUUUAUGUCCAAAGGCAUACUAGAUGAUUCACCGAAAGAAAUAGCUAAGUUUAUCUUUUGCACAAGAACACUGAAUUGGAAGAAGCUGAGAAUCUACCUUGAUGAAAGGAGAGAUGUUUUGGAUGACCUUGUGACGCUGCACAACUUCAGAAAUCAGUUCUUGCCAAAUGCACUGAGAGAGUUCUUCAGACACAUUCAUGCUCCUGAGGAGCGUGGGGAGUACCUUGAAACUCUCAUAACAAAGUUCUCUCACAGGUUCUGUGCUUGUAAUCCUGAUUUGAUGAGAGAGCUUGGCCUUAGCCCUGAUGCAGUUUAUGUACUGUGUUACUCUUUGAUUCUCCUUUCGAUUGAUCUAACAAGCCCUCACGUGAAGAACAAAAUGUCAAAGAGGGAAUUCAUCCGAAAUACGCGACGAGCUGCACAGAAUAUUAGUGAAGAUUUUGUAGGGCACCUUUAUGACAACAUCUACCUUAUUGGCCACGUGGCUGCCUAAAAGCACAAUUUGCUAGCACUUAAAAUUUGUAAUUUUCAAAAACUACAUCAAUUCAAGAUAUUAAUUAUUUUGUAGAGAUGGGGGUUAUUUUAGUGCUGGUCAUUCUAACCUCUGUAUGCAAUCAAAGUUUGUGUGUGUAAGUGUGUGUAUGUGUAAACUACCUUUUCUAUCUAUUAACUGUGGGAACAGAAGGAUUUUUUUUUCAUAAUUUUUUUUAGUUUUGCACAAAACAAUGCCAUUAGUCUGACACAGCCAUUUAUGAAUGUUAAACUGACAUUACAGUCUAAGCUGAAAAAGUGGUGAAUUUGUGCAUUAGAUCUGCUUGAAACUUUAAUAAGUUCAUUCUUUUUAGAAUACCAUGUAAUGUGUAUAUAUUUAACUAAAGAGAUUUAUAAUCAUAAUUAUUUUAUUGUAAAGUAUUUUAACUAAAAUUUCUCCUUUUAUCUCUUAAA